ACGAACCGACAUCGCAUCAUUAUGUGACCAGGUCUCCUUUCAAGUUGAUUAUACUCAUCACGAUCCUAUCAUCUAACCGUCGCUUCCUCAAUACAUGAUGCCUCCCUCCCAUCCCAGCGACUUUUCUAGCCGCCCUAACACAGAUAGUGGUCACUGUGGUUCGAUGGCGCCACCAGGGCCUCUACCACCUCCACCACCUCCGCCGCCUCCGCCGCCUCCACCGCAUCUGCCAGCUGUCGAAAGGGCUCCCACUCCCGCUCCAGCCCCAAACCCGCCGACGGUGACCUUGGAUGGUCGUCCCGGGGCCUUCCUAGUCGAGUUACUAACCUUCAACGGCUCACCCUUCAAAGACCACUGGGCCUACUUUGUGUCCUCGCGCCAGAACCGUGAUGUUGGCGUGUAUAUUCACGCGACGGGCGACGUGCUAAACGGCUUCACCUUCGAGAUCAAGCGUGGCCAUGACUUGACCGAUGCGGAAAACACCCCCACGAGAAGGAUUCCGCUGCAAUGGGUCAGUGCUGGUUAUUGUGACGAGGAGGCCAUGCUCAACCACGGGGAGUAUAAAAUAGAUUCCGUGCCUGUGUGCGGGUUCGAGGCCAGUGCAUACAAGGCGAAACCCCCUGGGACGACUUUGAAUUCGGCUGCAGAUAAGGCUAGUUCUGGCAAACCAAUCUCUCAAAAGAACUGUCAGUCAUGGCUCGUGGAAGCUGCGGACUACCUGGCCCAAGACGGCAUCUUUCGUCCUGAGGUUUCCGUUUACCUUCGUUCAAUCAAGCAGUAAUCUCAACUAGCCGUAACGACACAUGGUCAUCGCAAUACAGCUCGGCGAGGAUAUAUCAGUAUGUCGACUAGGGCAACCGAAUAUUCCGGCCUUGGUCCGCUCGAGGAUGGUCGCCAUGCACGACGGGACGGCCAUUAUGAAGAAAGGUUUCGUGGGCUCAAGACGCCGUGGGAUAACCAAGUGAUGAUACAGGCUUCGAGCACAGAUACAUGUAAAGGACAAUCUGCUGUGUCAGUGAACCAUUGCUCCUAGGCUUUCCUAUUAUACUAUACUAGGGAAAGAAACAGAAAC